GAGGGGUGAGGACCCCAGGGAACGCGCGCCGCCUGGAUGCCUGGGGCCGCGGCACUGGGCGCGGCGUCGGCGGUGGCGGCGCUGGUGGCAGCCCUGCUCCUGCUGCGGCGGGAGGGCGUGGGGCCGGGGGCCGGCUUCAGCAUGGCAGAGACAGAGGCGCUGCCUAAGCUUCGGGAAGACUUCAGGAUGCAGAAUAAGUCUGUCUUUAUUCUGGGCGCCAGCGGGGAAACCGGCAAAGUGCUCUUAAAAGAAAUCCUGGCACAGAGCCUGUUUUCCAAAGUCACGCUCAUUGGCCGGAGGAAGCUCACCUUCAAAGAGGAAGCUUAUAAAAACGUGAAACAAGAAGUGGUGGAUUUUGAAAAGUUGGAUGACUACGCUUCUGCCUUUCAAGGUCAUGAUGUGGGAUUCUGUUGCCUGGGUACCACCAGACAGAAAGCUGGGGCGGCAGGUUAUGUUCGUGUUGACCGAGAUUAUGUGCUGAAGUCUGCAGAGCUGGCAAAAGCUGGAGGGUGCAAACAUUUCAACUUGGUGUCCUCUAAAGGAGCUGAUAAGUCUAGCAAUUUUUUAUAUCUGCAAAUUAAGGGAGAAGUGGAAGCCAGGGUUGAAGAAUUAAAAUUUGAUCGUUUCUCUGUAUUUAGACCUGGAGUUCUCUUAUGUGAUAGGCAAGAAUCUCGCCCAGGUGAAUGGGUAAUUAGGAAAUUCUUUGGCUGCCUACCAGAAUCUUGGGCCAGUGAAUACUCGGUGCCCGUGGUGACCGUGGUUAGAGCAAUGCUGAACAACGCAGUGAGGCCCAGCACCACGAAGAUGGAACUGCUGGAACACAAGGCUAUCUACACUCUGGGGAAAGCCCAGUGAUGGCUCUCUAAAGCCAUGAGCACAGUGGAGAAAUGCUUUUUAUUGUAAACCUCAAUACCCGUCAUCAAAUUAAUAAUUUCAGGUUUAAGGGAAGUCAGCCUGCUUUAACCUUGUUGUUUCACUAUUCUCAGCCAUCCAGAUCCAAUGAUGAAGUUACUGUACUCUGCAUCAGUGGUUCAGAGCCUGGUUGUGCAUGUAGAUCACCCAGGGAGCUUUAGAAAAAUGGAGAUUCAUAGGCCCUACCCUCAGACCUUUUGUAUAAGAAUUUUUGGGGUGUGGGCAACAGGAAUUGUUUUUUUUCCCUUCUUGUUUGUUUGUUUUUAAUGCUCCCUUGGUGGUUCUGAUGCCACCAACUUUGUUAAUACUUGUCUGCAUCUUAUGUACCUUCGAUACUAUGCAUAUGAGCUCUAAGUUACCCAAUGCUAACUGUAAUUGUACAAAUGAACAUUGUGCCUUUACUAAUUCUUUAGACUAUAUAUAAUAAAAAUGAACUUUCACAACCGA